UGAUGGUUGAGAAUUUGGGGAAUGUUUUUCCACUUCUUUUUCGGUGUCAAGUUGAUCCCAAAUGCCAACCUUUUUUUUGUUUCUUUUUAUAGAACAUUCCACUCAAAUUUUUUCGUAAUUUUGAACCCUCCCAAACAAACCCCAAUAAAUAGAGGUUUUAGUUACAAGGGGAUUUAGCUUAAAACUACCGACCCGACCCGUUUCCAUUCCUCUCCGGACGGUGACCAAAAUGGUGGUGUUCCAUGUUCACCGAAUCGCCCAACGCCUCAAUCACUCUACUCUCUCCUCUGUUCUUCUUCACGAUUCUGGGCAUGUAUCAUUAUUGAAAAUGGGGUCGUCUAGGAGUAUUAAUACCGCAGCGAAGUUUCGAACUUGGGGUUUGUUACCAUCCAAUUGUUCCAAUGUCACAUCACCUUGCACCUCAAGGACAUCAUAUGGACCCUUGUCGAGAUACCAAAUUUUUCUGGGCCUGAGGCAUAAUGAAUAUUGCACUACUCCAGGGAAUGGGGAAAAGCAAACGAUAUCAGUAACAUUUGUUGACAAGGAUGGAGAAGAGAAGCAAAUCAAGGUCCCUGUUGGAAUGUCUUUGUUAGAAGCUGCACAUGAGAAUGACAUUGAGCUUGAAGGAGCAUGUGAAGGGUCACUUGCCUGUUCCACAUGUCAUGUGAUAGUUAUGGAUGUGGACUACUACAACAAACUAGAAGAUCCAACAGACGAAGAGAACGACAUGUUGGAUCUUGCUUUUGGCCUCACAGAGACGUCUCGUCUAGGUUGUCAAGUAAUUGCAAAACCUGAACUUGAUGGAAUUCGGGUAGCUCUUCCUGCAGCCACGAGAAACUUUGCUGUUGAUGGAUUUAAGCCGAAACCACAUUAGAGAAUCUCUAACAUUGAUACAGGUUACUCAUGGGUAACCACCAAAAAUCGAAGCCAGUUUUGUCAGCCACUUACAAGAGUGUAUAAUAAUACCUAGGGUGAGUAUUGUGUCACAUAUUAUGAUGGAAAUUGUGAUCAAAAGUCAGCUGUUGUGUAGGCAUUUAGUCAAGGAUAGAUUGAUUAUUUUAUUAAUAAUAUCUCAAGGGUCAGCUCCUCUUUUGUUGGUGCAUCUUUUCAGUAGGUUUAACAUUUGUGUCAAAUUAACAUCAAAGGUGUCAUUUUUAUUUCAAGUCUGCUUCAAUCCACAACUCUUGUGAAGUGUA